UUAUCCCGGAUAUUUAGAGGUGUGCAAGACGUGCGACGUUGACAAUGGCAGCUCAACGUGUACAGGCAUAUUUGGACAAACAUAAAAUAGGUGCUCUGUUUGAGAAUUUGAUGGCCAAAGUGAUUCAAGAUAUGCCUGGAAACCCAAUAAACUACCUUAUUCGUGUUUUGCAAAAGAAAGAAUCCAAAGUAACGGGAAAACCAGUUAGGAGUGAAAUGACGUCAUCAGUUUCCAGGUCUAGCGCGUGGGCGAAGAACGAUGACGUCAAUUUGAAUGCUGCUCGUCCGAAAUCAUCCAAAACUGAUGCCAGAGGACUGGCUACUAGAGAAGUGCCUCUUAGAAAGUCUGUUGGAAAUAUUCGACCGAAAACAGCUAGUGCCUCUGCACACAAACUUAGAGCAUCAACUCGACCUACCGUCCAUCAACCACAAUCUAAUGUCUCAAACUUGACUUCAGUCAGUGAUAUUCACACUACAAGUGGAAAUGUUGACAUAACUGAUGACCUCAAUAUUAUAUCACAUACAUCCAAGAGACUCAUUCAGAAAGAAGAAGCUGGUUCAACUACAUCUUUUAUUCAGAGGUCGAAACGUAAUAAGAAAGCAAUAGUUGAUGAAAAACGAAAGCAGCUGGCAUCUUUAUUGGCCACCACUUCCCACACUAUCCCAUCACCACGAACUCAUUCUGACUCUGACAACGUUACUGAUGAAGGAGUUGAUCUCAUUGAGGAUACAGAUGAUCUGCUGGCUGAAGGAGUGAGCAGCUUAUCAUCUGGAAGUGGAAUCAGGAAGAGGCAGACUUUAUCAACUUCUAUUCAACAAAAUGUUCAAGUUAGUGUUUGUUCUCGGUGCGCACGAGUAAUUGACACUGGAAAGCAGGAAGUGUUGGAUGACUCUUCAGUGGUGACUGUCAGUAGCAACAGACAUGGAGGAUAUGCUUCCAGUGCAGUAACACUAGCUGAUGAUGAACGAGACGAUUUUUUCUUUGCCCAAAGAUCUGAUGACAGCGAUGACUUCGAGAGUGCAUCGCAAGUGACUCCCCACACGUCACGAAUGCCACGAUGGCCAACCUCACGCGGGGAAGACAACAAAAGCCCAACAAUCCAAAACAAGGCUCGGGUAAUACCAGCAGCUAAUAAUAGAAAGGGAAGGCACAUGUAUAGGAGGGAGGACUCUGCUGUCAAUGCAAUGUUGUCUCAGUCAGGAAGAUCAAGAUCAGCAAACCGCAUGAAGGAUACACAUGGUGAACGUUCUAGUGAUGAAUGGCAGGUGUUUGACAGCAGCCAAGUGCAUCAUCCGGAUGCUCUCCCUUCUUCAUUGGCUGCUACCACGUCUACAAAUGUUGUGAGCGGAAGGAGUGAGGAGGAGAGUGGAUCUGAUGUGACGCCUCGUGUGCGUGAGAUGCAAAUGACAGAUGAUGGAAGCGAUUCGAGUGCACUGUGGCAUAGUUCUAAUCAUCCAAAUCUGAGUCGCUUUCGAGCACAUCAAAUGAGCGAAAUGUUAACAACCAAUGGCUCAGACAGUGAACCUCAAAUGAGAUCAUUGCAAACAAGAAGUAAUGGAACACUUGCUGAUGAUGAGAUGGCACUGAAAGACAACGGAUUUAGAGGGCGCCGGCUGCAGUCGGACUUCUCCCAAGUAGAAGAUGAAUCUGAUGAUGAUCUGAGUGAGACACCACGAACAUACACACGUCCUCCUGUUGGAUCAGUGCUAUAGCAUCCACACUACCACGGUAUGUGACCCUGAAGUAUGUAGCUAAAACUACCAAUUAAUUGAACGUUAAUUUUUAUGAAUUCGAUGAUUAGAUUUAAUGUAGAUUUAUUAGUCUGUAAGGUGUGGUAUUGAUCCUUGUGGCUUGACGGACUGACUUGGUCUCCUUUUGUGUGUACACUACAGUCAACCUGUUUGGCCAACAAGAGACAACUAGCUAGUCCCUCUCCUCACGUAGUGUCCCCAGUUCGCGUAUGUUAUGUCAUGUCAUACGGGAACUCGAGUGAGGAGAUAGGAGGCUAAUAACAACAGACAGUCUGAUGCAAUCAGAAUGUAUUUUGUAUUGAUUGUGUGUAUUUUGUAUGUUCAUUACCAGUUUUUUUGUGCAAACCAAAAUAGAAGAUGCAGUGUAACACACACAUAUACUACAGUUGUAUUACAACAGACAAUUUAAAUAGACAGGCCAAGCCAGGAAGGAUAUAGGGAGAGCACCCAAAACCUUGUGACAGCAAAACACGAGGCUUGGAAGUGAACACUGAAGCCACACGGAUCUAGCAACUUACAACAGAGACAGAAGGCUCUGUAUAUCUGCUCUCAGAGAGCAUCAUGAAGGUGCAACAGAUUUCAUGACUGCAGUCGUCCUUUUUCUUUGGGAUAGUCAAUAACACACUUGCUCUGAUUUACGGCAGGUAGUACAGAGUUGUUUUGUAAUAUUUAUUUAAUGGAGAUGAAGGUAAUGAAACGUCAUAAAACAGUUGA